UCGCCAAAGUCGCUCCAAAGUUGGCGAACGUCAGCGCGAGGAAGAUGGGAGGAGGUGACGAGGAGAGGGCGGAGCUCCUGAAUGAGGUCAUUAUCAUCGUUAAACCGCUCGACAGAAAAUAUCUAUUAGAAAAAUAAACUCUUAACGGUCUGUUUGUCUCUUCUUCAGAUGGAGUCGCUGAAAUCCACCAUCCAGGACAUGGAGAAGGAGAGAGACUUUUAUUUUGGAAAGCUGAGGAACAUCGAGCUGAUCUGUCAGGAGAAGGAGGGCGAGGGCGACCCCACGCUGCAGAGGAUCAUAGACAUCCUCUACGCCACAGACGUGAGUUCACCGCCACGGUUCAGGGUUCAGCUCGUUCUGAGGGGACAGGGAGACGUGGGGGUCCGAUUUGAACCGGAGACCCUAAAACAUGAAGUCAAAGUCCUGUAGAGACGGAUAACCCUCAGAACUCCCAGAUAUGUUCUUCUAUUUUUAGUUCCACUUCAAACAGAGAGAAACAAAACUUUAAAUAUGGAGCUGUGAACGAGAAAGAAGACAAGUUUAGAGGAAUAUAAAUAAAAAAUAUUAAAAUAUUUUAGGAUGAAUGUUACAAAACAGUCAAACAAGAACUGAUCUUUGUUUUUUAAGUGUUCAGGUCUGAAAAAAUCUGAUAUUUGAACAGGAACGGUCGUAACUCCUGUGUUUGAUACCAGGCAGCCUUCUUCUGAUUGGACGGUUUCUUAAACUGACGCCUCAGAUUAAUAAAUAAAUAAAUAAUUAAUAAAUAAAACCAGAAUAACAGAAACCUCUGCUGUGGUGUUUUUAACGUGUCUGUAAAGAAAGUUCUCGGACCUGCUCGGUGUCCAGAACCGGAUUAAAGUCCAUUUGUUCUUCUCUUAACAACUGCUGAUGCCGCUGCUGUGGAUUCCUGCUCAGGAAUGGCAUGCAGCUCGCUCUCUCUCUCCCUCUCUCUCUCCCUCUCUCUCUCUCUCUCUGUCUCUCUCUCUCUGUCUCUCUCUCUCUCUGUCUCUGUCUCUCUCCCUCUCUCUCUCUCUCUCUCUGUCUCUCUCUCUCUGUCUCUCUCUCUCUCUGUCUCUCUCUCUCUCUCUCUCUCUCUCUCUCUCUCUCUCUCUCUCUCUCUCUCUCUCUCUCUCUCUCUCUCUCUCUGGUGUUUAUUCUGUCCUCUAACAGUCUGGAUCAGCUCUGACCCUCCCAUGACGAUUAAAAAGCGUUUGUUUCUCUCUCCGGUCGUCUGUUAAACUCAGGAGGCGUGUCUGAAAUGAGGGGCGUGUCCAGUCUUUCGGGGCUCGCUGUGUUUGCACUUCUCAGCUGCAGGAAGUCGACUCAGAGUCGUUUCCUGAUGAGGCGUUUAGGAGCUCCUGAACCCGACGCCGUCACAGUCCCGAUUAAAAGAUCAAUGUCUCACCUUUUCUGAUUUCUGGCUCCAGAAAUGAUCAAUGAUCUUAUCGAUAAAUGAUUUUAAAAGAACACUGAAAACAAACCUUUUUAGUCUUUUAACUCAGUUUUAUAUCAUUAACUUUGUUUUAGUGUUUUAACAUUUAUCUGUCUAGUUUUAAUAACAGGAUCAUCUCUGAUUGAUCUAUUCUGGUGACUCUUAUUAAGUAUCUUUUACUGCUGUAGGUAGAUCAAUAGGUAGGUAGGUAUAGAUAUAGAUUGAUAUAGAUAGAUAUAUAGAUACAUACAUACAUACAUACAUACUUAGAUAAAUAAAAGAUAGAUAGAUAGAUACUUAAUUAAUCCCAGAGGGACAGUAUAUUGUUAAAUUUUUAUGUGAUUUUAUUGAUUAUUUCUUAAAUUUUAUUUGAUGUUUCUUUGUUUUUAGAUUUUAAACCUCCAGUUUUUUCCUUUUCCUUGAUUUUAAAACGGUUCGAGAUCAGGGUUUUCUAUGUCAAACACUUUGUGCUUCAUCUUUGUUGUAUGAAAACUGAUCGAUUGAUUGAUUGAUCAUUAAUCUAACCCCCCGUCCGUCCGUCUGUCUCCUCAGGAGGGCUUCGUCAUACCCGACGCCGAGGAGCAGGAGGAGUUUUAGAUUUCAAGACUGCCAGACGCUUUUCACACAGACGCCGUGGUCUUCAAACCCACCUCAAGAUCUGUCCUUGAGCCGGCACGGCCAGUUUGGUUUUAGACCCCCCCACCAGACUCCACCUCGACUCGUGGUCUCCCCCCUCCUCACCCCUCAAACCCUGUUGGACUCCCGACUCCCCCACAACACCUUUUAGUGAUAAUCAACAAACUCGGUCACCGCCUCCGCUCCUCCACCCCCAUCAGUCUGUAACCCCCUCCAUCCUCACCUGUAACCCCACCCCCCCACCCCCAGACCAGAUCUUGCAGUACAGAUCUGGUUUUUGUAAUGGACUUCAGUGUGCGAACACGGUGAUGUUUUCUGGCUGUGUGUAAACUUGUGUGUGUGUGUGUGUGUGUGCGUGCGUGUGCGCGUGUGUGGUUGUGUGUGUUAAAUAAUCAAUCAGAAACGAAUCAAACAUGAAGAACCUCCUGAAGACUCGCCUGUCACCCGUCACCUCGUCCCAGACCGACCCCCGACCCCUGACCUCUGAUCUGGUGCCGAACCUGCUGAGUUCGAUUUUAGAGACGGAAACACCGACCGGAGAAACGCUCCCCAGGAUCAUAUAUACUCACACAAUAUACACAAAAUAUACACACUGAUAUACACACAAAGUUUUUCAGCCUCAUUGAUCGGUCAUAACAAACUCCCACUUUAAGAUAAACGACCACAUUCUUACCCAGGUCACCGAUUGGCUCCUGAUCGACACCACAUCCUCAGGUGAGCGGAGAAGACCCUCCCUCCUGAGAUCUUCAUGAACCUCCAAAGUUCCUGUUGAGUUUCUGAGUUCCCUGGUCCAGCUGCGGUCUCCUCAUGCGGACACAAACUUCAGUUACCAUCUUGUAGCGUUUCAGAAAUAAGAUCUGAGUUCAGCUCUGCUAUGCAAUCCGUGUUUUUAUCCGUUCCUCACAGUCGAAACCGCGUUCGUUCUCGUCCUCAGAAGACUGAAAAUCUCUCUUCGUCGUUUCGAUUCUCCUGAAAAUGUCGGCGGCGGGUUCGGUCUGAUUCGAGGUGACGGCCGAGUCUUCUCUUUGCCUUUUUUUCCCACCAAGAACACCGUCUUGAUUUUGGCUUCAGUAAAUUGACUCUUUUAUCCCAUCUCUCCCUCCCCUCUCCAUUUUUCCCGCACCUGUCCGUCACGCUCUCAUCUUCCUCCUCUUUCCUCUCGUCAAUAAAACGAUCUCUGCAGGAAAAGAUUUCAACAUCGGUCGAUAAAAAAGGGCUUUUCUUCUAGCAGAUCAGAUUUUUCUUUCCCCUCCCACACUCCUCGGUGUUUUCACGUUUCAGGCGUCCUUAAAUGUGCGAUUCUGCGUCCAGGAAAGUGACUUAAUCUUCAUGAUGUCGAUGUCAGAUGAAAAGUUUGAAGCAGCCUUCAGAUCAACACGCCGACCUUCGGUGAAACAGAAACUGCCAAACCCCGGUGAUUGUUGUGUGUGUUUGUCUUCUGGAGCGUCUGUUUGAAGCACAUGCACUGUUUUUGACACCAGAGGCCCUUAAUCUGCCCCCCCACCCCCACCCGCCCAGAACCAGAACCAGGAGGGCGACCGGGGAGACGGACACUGUGAGCUCCGACUGUCAACCAUCAGCGCUUUUCUACAUGUAGCAGGUCACAGUCGAGUGACGGCGGCUCUGCUGCUUCGAUCCACUCUCUCUCUCUCUCUGAUUAUUGAUUAUUGAUUUGUAAUUGAUUAAGCGGGAGUUUCAGAUCCCCUCUCAACACUUUUCCCUCUCUGGGAAUCGAAGGCAGGUGUUUCUAUCCCCCUUUUUUCUCCCCGUUUUAAACGAACGUUUGUAAAGUGUGGAUCCAUUUCUUCCACUGUGUAAAAAAACUCCACACCGGUCCUGUCCACAGUCCCCUCUUCUUGUUUUUGUCGUAGAUAACUUUAUCGAUGGCCUUAUUCAGAACAGAGUUUUUCAUAGCUGUUUUUCUUUUUUUACUUUCAUGUGAGUCUCUGCUGUUUUGGGGCAAAUGUUUGUACUGUCAGUCAUUUUUUAUGUGUUCUGAAAAUAAACGACAAUGGAGGUA